AUGCGACACUUGACAGAAACUCUGCGAAUAGAAAUAUUAAUGAUGAUUGGUUACGGUGAUAUGUGCAGAUCACAACAGCAAGUUGCAAACGUUUUUAAUGGAAAAUACCCAGAUUUACCACCACUUUCUCAGGCAAAUGUGUCUAAAAUACAUGCACAAUUUCGUGAAUAUGGACACGUUAAACCAUUACGCAGGACGCCUCAUUUUAUUGAUGAAAAUGUGAAAGUUAAUAUUUUAUUAGCUUUUCAAGAAGAUCCAACAACUUCUACGCGUCAGGUUGCACAAUUGAUUGAUGGUGAUUCUGAUAGAAGAUUACAAUUUUGCGAGCAAAUGCUGCAUAUGUUAAACAGGAAUGUUAUUUCUUCUGCAGAUAUUCUUUUUUCUGAUGAAUCAAAAUUUCUAUUAAAUGGCGAGGUAAAUAGACAAAAUUGCAGGUACUGGGCAGAAGAAAAUCCCCACUGGAUGCGACAAAGUCAUACCCAACGUCCUCAGAAAAUCAACGUUUGGGCUGGUAUUGUUGGUGAUCAUGUGGUGGGACCUAUUUUCAUUGAAAAUCUUAACGGGGCAAGAUAUCUUUAUAUGCUAAGAGAACAAGUUGUCCCAACUUUAGCAGAGUUGUUUCCAAAUCCAUUGGAACCUAAUCUUCCCAAUGAAAGGAUAUGGCUUCAACAAGACGGUGCCCCACCCCACUAUGCUCUUCCUGUGGAUCGGAAGAAGAGGUUUUAUAGAAUGGCCAGCAAGAUCACCGGAUCUAACACCUCUAGACUUUUUUCUAUGGGGAUAUCUAAAAACAGGGUGUUUAAAACACAACCUGCUAAUUUAGAUGAAUUAAGAAACAGAAUUACUGGAGAAAUUAGGAACAUAACACCGGAGGUUUUAAACAGAGUGCGGGAACAAUUUCACAGUAGAUUACUAAAGUGUAACAUUUAUAAGAUUGAAGAACAGAACAUCGCCGACGGUGGACGAGUGGUUAGUGCUGCUGACUACAAGCCGGAGGUCGUGGGUUCGAAUCCCACCAAGGCGACAACAUACAAAUUAGUAAGAAAUCUAUGUUUUGCUAGCAACCCUAGCACAAAAACCUAUGAAGAGCUGAAUAAUUUACUUAUAAAUCAUUUCUCAAAUAAAUCCGUAACGUGGAGAGAAAGGAUAAAGUUUAUGGAAACUCAGCAGAACUCGGGAGAGCCAAUCGCUGAUUACCACGCACGUUUAUUCUCAAUGGCGAGCGAAUGUAACUUCUCAGAAGGCCUAGAAUUAUUAGUGAAACUCAAAUUUGUGACAGGAUUGCGAGAUUUCAAGAAAGUGAAAGAAAACCUUGAAAAGAAUGUUGACGUGGCCAAAAAGCGAGAAUGUAUAGCUGGGGAGCAAGAAGUCCAUGCAAAUGGCAGACGAAAAUUCCCGCGAUUAUCAAGGAUGUCAUAA